GGCGGGACACUAGCACUGUAAACAGGAAAAGAACGACUCGUGACAAAAAGAUGUCUUAUAAAGAGUGAUUCUGCGACUUUUGUCCACGAAAACAUUGCACCUUUAACAAGACAAGGCACCGAAAAUGCAGACAUUACGGCAACGUCGGCUCAACGAGUUGAAUUUUGAAAGCAAAACAACAAACAGCACCAGUGAAAGCAUGUCACAGAAGAAGAAGUCAGGCUUCCAUUUCGACUUGUGGCUUUACCUGACCCUGCAGAACUGGAUUCUAGACUUCGGAAGGCCUAUUGUCAUGAUCAUGCUUCCACUCGAGUGGUUCCCACUGAAUAAACCAAGCGCCGGAGACUAUUUCCACAUGGCCUACAAUGUGAUAACACCCUUCCUCAUGCUGAGGUUGAUUGACCGCAGUCCAAGGGCAUUGCCUGGCUCAGCAGUCUACCUGUGCAUCAUUACUUUUGUCAUGGGAGCCAGCAUCCACCUGGUGGGAGACUCCAUCAACCACAGACUCAUCCUGAGUGGCUACCAGCUCCAUCUGUCAGUCAGAGAAAAUCCGAUCAUCAAAGACUUAAAACCUGCCUCGCUGAUUGACUCCUUUGAAUUGCUGUAUUACUACGAUGAACACCUUGGACAUUUAAUGUGGUAUAUUCCCUUCUUUGUCAUUCUCUUCAUUUACUUCACCGGAUGUUUCACUGAGGCUACAGAGCAGCAGAAGAUCCCAGUCAAAGGCCAGCUGUUACUUACACCCAGCGCACUCUAUUACUGGUACCUGGUCACAGAAGGACAAAUCACUGAGCUCUUCCUCCUCACCUUCUUUGCAAUGGGGGUCAUGAUGAUUCACCAGAGACAUAAAGGCUUAAGCCCUGACAGCAAUGGACAUUUCUUGUUCUAUAGUUUCAGUCUUACUUUGCUUCUAGUGGCACUUUGGGUUUUGUACCUAUGGAACGACCCUGUGCUGCGCAACAAGUACCCUGGAUUAAUGUACGUGCCUGAACCUUGGUCCUACUACACACUACAUAUAAAGAAAACCCACUGAAUUACGUCUGUUCAGGUUUGUACGUCUUUUCAUUACAACCAGGUACAAACCCCGUUUCCAUAUGAGUUGGGAAUUUGUGUUAGAUGUAAAUAUAAACAGAAUACAAUGAUUUGCAAAUCAUUUUCAACCCAUAUUCAGUGUAAUAUGCUACAAAGACAACAUAUUUGAUGUUAAAACUGAUCCAGCCAUCCAUCAUCUUCCGCUUAUCCGUUAUUUUGUUUUGCAAAUAAUCAAUAACUUUAGAAUUUGAAGCCAGCAACACGCACGUGACAAAGAAGUUGGGAAAGGUGGCAAUAAAUACUGAUAAAGUUUAGGAAUGCUGAUCAAACACUUAUUUCGAACAUCCCACAGGUGUGCAGGCUAAUUGGGAACAGGUGGAUGCCAUGAUUGGGUAUAAAAACAGCUUCCCAAAAAAUGCUCAGUCUUUCACAAGAAAAGAUGGGGCGAGGUACACCCCUUAGUCCACAACUGCGUGAGCAAAUAGUCAAACAGUUUAAGGACAACGUUUCUCAAAGUGCACUUGCAAGAAAUCUAGGGAUUUUAACAUCUACGGUCCAUAAUAUCAUCAAAAGGUUCGGAGAAUCUGGAGAAAUUACUCCACGUAAGCGGCAUGGCCGGAAACCAACAUUGAAUGACCGUGACCUUCGAUCCCUCAGACGGCACUGUAUCAAAAACAGACAUCAAUCUCUAAUAGAUAUCACCACAUGGGCUCAGGAACACUUCAGAAAACCACUGUCACUAAAUACAGUUUGUCGCUACAUUUGUAAUUUGGUGAUAUCCUUUACACACUGAUGUCGGUUUUUUGAUGCAGUACCGCCUGAGGGAUCAAAGGUCCGUAAUAUCAUCGCUUACGUGCAGUGAUUUCUCCAGAUUCACUGAACCUUAUGAUGAUUUUACGGACUGUAGAUUGUAAAAUCCCUAAAUUCCUUGCAAUAGCUCGUUGAGAAAUGUUGUUCUAAAACUGUUUGACAAUUUGCUUACAAAUUGGUGACCCUCACCCCAUCCUUGUUUGUGAAUUACUUAGCAUUUCAUGGAAGCUGCUUUAAUACCCAAUCAUGGCACCCACCUGUUCCCAAUUAGCCUGCUCACCUGUGGGAUGUUCCAAAUAAAUGUUUGAUCAGCAUUACUCAACUUUAUCAGUAUUUAUUUCCACCUUUCCCAAUUUCUUUGUCACGUGUUGCUGGCAUCAAAUUCUAAAGUUAAUGAUCAUUUGGAAAAAAAAAAAAAUGUUUAUCAGUUUGAACAUCAAAUAUGUUGUCUUUGUAGCGUAUUCAACUGAAUAUGGGUUGAAAAGGAUUUGCAAAUCAUUGUAUUGCGUUUAUAUUUACAUCUAACAUAAUUUCCCAACUCAUAUGUAAACGGGGUUGUAACUGUGGUACCAUUUUAAAAUUGUAAAUAAACAGUGGGUACUGUUUUCCAUCUACUGUAAUAUGUUUAAAAACAUCUGUGGAUUCUGCAUUAAAAAAAUGGUGACCAGAAUUUUAAUAUGAAAUAUACAGAUAUGUUUUUACAGUGUAUACUUAUUUUUAUUCUUAGAUAAGCAGGAACUAUUUAUAUUUUUAUGUUUUAUUCAAGCAGGAAUUCAUUUUCAUUUUUUUUCUGUUAAUUUCGUUAUUUUGGACCUAAAAACAGAUUAUUGAAAAGUCGUUUCUCAUGUGUUCAUAUCACUCGUACCUGUGCAUAUAAUCAAAUUCUGCUUGGAGUCAAAAAGUAUAAACUAUAUCUGUGUGUAGAUUGUCAGACAUCAGGUCAUUUAAUUCACCAAAAUUUAAUGGAUGCAACUCUGAAACAUCUUCAACCAACAAGAAGAGUUCAGUUACAGUACCUUUAUUUACCCCUGUGGAUAUUAUAAAACUCCUUUCCUGGAAAUAAAAAUGAGUCGGACAGCACAA